GGUUUGGGUCAAGUGGUUACAUUGAUCCUCAAAACCCGACAUUCGCUAUCAGAGAGCCAAACCAAACUGGUGGGGACCAGAGCAUCGUCGAGAGCAUCACCGCUCAUAUUGCUCAUGGGAGAACCAAAGAGAUGGCCAGGAUAUUUCAUAGCACUUGUCCAGGGGACUGGACUCAAGCCUGGCAAUCUGUUAUUCGUUUCCGGUGGGAGGUGGCGCUGCUCGCAGACUUUAUUGUUGAGAUGUUUGCGCUUGCUGUACCAAGGAAUGAGAUGUGCAUCAUGUGGGAUU